UAGGAGAUCCAAUCCCGAAGCCAUAGAGAUGUGAGUGAGGACUCUUGGCCAAACUUACACAGUCUGUGAAUAUGGUAAAGCAACUUCGUGCUCUGUUUUAGUUUAUAAUAAUUGGUUUCUAAGAAGGUAGGCAUUUGUGGAGGCAAUGAUGUCACUGUGGGAACUGCCAUGAGAGGACAGGGACGUCCCUCCUCCUCUGCUCCUGCUCACAGUGACCCUGAUUGGGCAAAGCUCCCAUCCUGCCCUGACCCUGCCAUGGGCACCAGGCUCCUCUGCUGGGCGGCCCUCUGUCUCCUGGGAGCAGAACUCAGAGAAGCUGGAGUUGCCCAGUCCCCCAGAUACAAGGUUAUAGAGAAAAGCCAGGCUGUGACUUUUUGGUGCAAUCCUGUAUCUGGCCAUGCUACCCUUUACUGGUACCGGCAGAUCCUGGGUCAGGGCCCAGAGCUUCUGGUUCAAUUUCAGAAUAACGAUGUGGUAGAUGAUUCACAGUUGCCUAAGGAUCGAUUUUCUGCAGAGAGGCUCAAAGGAGUAAACUCCACUCUCAAGAUCCAGCCUGCAAAGCUUGGGGACUCUGCCGUGUAUCUCUGUGCCAGCAGCUUAGCCACAGCAUUGCAGAGAUACUUCCCUUUUGUGCACAAAACUGCAGGGCUCUCUCCUCUCUAUCGGCUCACAGCAGCCUUUCCUUAUUCCUCAUCCUCCCAGGGAAGAACAUGCACAGAUGCUGGCAUUAUCCAGUCACCCAAGCAUGAGGUGACAGAAAUGGGACAGGCAGUGACUCUGAGAUGUGAACCAAUUUUAGGCCACAAUCUCCUUUUCUGGUAUAGACAGACCUUCGUGCAGGGACUGGAAUUGCUGAGUUACUUCUGGAGCCGAUUUAUUAUAAAUGACGCAGCUCCCAGCAAUCCUGAGCAGUCUUUCCUGUGUCACCUUCCCCACAAGAAUAAUUAA